CAUGCAACCUUGACUUUGGAAUGCAUUAUCGGACAGUAGAUAAGUAAAAGACUCUUAUCAUUGAUGUCAACAUGAAAUCAGUAUUUAGUUUCUUCGUACUUUCCCUGUCCUUCCUAUGCGCGUCUUGUGUCCCCUCUACCCCAGUGUAUCCCGUCACAGCCGCGCUGUUUGAAGACCGGUUCUCACUCAGGGAGUGGAAUGACACAAUAGACCUGUUCAAGGAAAUAGGCGGCGACACUAUUUGGAAACAUGCACCACCAAUGUUUCGUCGCUCGAUACAAGACCUGCAGAAUGACACUGUGUUCAAGAACUGUGUCGAUAAUGGGAAAGAUUGCUUCUCGCAAGCGCAAAAGGAACUGACCAGUAAAGGUCUGAAGAUUCUCUCGUUUGCAAGUUAUCAGAAUUCGGAGGCGUAUGGUGAAGCCGUACUCAAAUGUCCACAGUACGACAAGAAGAUAGCGAUAUCAAAAGAUACUUACUACAGGAUAGUUUUACCUGCGGACAAACUGAGCUCUGCCCAGUGCAGCAAUUAUAAAGGAGAGAACGUGGUUGUCUUGUUCGCCUCUUUGUCUGGCCCCGAACCACAUGGACUUCUUCUGGAGAGUGCAUUUGGUAGGAAUGUUUCUGUGUAUUUUGGAAUCCCUCGUCUCCCUCGGCAGUCUGAUAAAGCGGUUGACAUGCAAUUGAUGACGGCAUACUAUGAAUGGGUACAACGAGUCCUGCUGGACCAUAAAAGUAGAUACACCGUCACCAGAUUCCAAGACUUUUCUACCAUCGGAGGUAGAACGCCCACAACGAAAAAGUUCCUUUACGACGCAGUUGUGGGAUAUUAUAUAUCUGAUGAGGUCAAUCUUGGAAACGUUAAAGAGGAACAAAGUAUUAUUUCUGCAUAUUCCACUUUGUCUUCGGCAGUCAAAAGCCUUGUCAAAAAGAAAACGGCAAUAUCUCCUAUGGUGGACUUGACGAAAUUCGGAUCGAACAAAACAAUAGAGGAUCACGUACAAGGACUGCAGGUGCUUGCAAAAACCUCUGUUGAUGUAAUAGCCAUCAACGAAGGGCGUGGUUACGGGAAAGCUCCAUACUACUGGCCGACACAGGAGGAUUUACCCAUAUCACAGAUCGAUAGUUCAUUAGACAAGAUCUUGCAAAGGAUAAAUCCCAACUGGAGAGUCAAUGGGACUUUCAGAGAUGGAUUUACAGGCAGUGUCCAUGAGUUGUUCCGUGCUCUUGGAAAUGAAACCUCCUUUCUCAACCAAAAUUCCUCAAAGUUUGAACUCUGGCUCGGUAUAGAUGCUUUUGAAGACUUGAAUGACGAUCCUUGUAUUUCUUCAAAGAACGUUGAGAAGACCAUGAACGCUGUCAACAAGUCCAGAAUAGAUCUCGCUCUUUCUCAUGGGGGUUUUGCUGUACAUAAAGUAGUUGCCUUUUCUUGGGAUCCUAAUUUUACGUGCAGGACCAAACGGUUGAAGAAUUCUCUGGCAGAUGCUAUUCUGAAUGAUUACGGUCGUCCAAUGGUUGUCGACUGCCGCUUCCACUCCUCCUUUAAUCGUUCUGUUGUUAUCCUUGGGGUUAACCUCUUAGCCUUACAACAAAGCUUUAAGAUUGAUUGGCCAGACAGAGAUGGAAACCGCCAUACAUCCAGUGCCUAUGGUUACUAUUUUGAGACUGACUACGGGUUAGAUCACGGACUGAUUCCUACCAUUAUUUACACUCAGACCUAUGACCCUUACAACGUCAUUGACCUUGCGGACAAGGGUUACGUUGCUGUGCAAGCCGGGGGUGCCUACACCAGUUGUAUUUUUGAGUUCGAUUUCACGCGAGAGACGAAGAGAUAAAACAUUUUAAAA